AUGUCGUUUAGAAUCCGAGACAUUCCUGUGGAAACUAACAUUUUAAUACUUGGUCGCACUGGUGUUGGUAAAUCCACCUGGAUUAAUACAUUCAUCAAUUACUUAUCCUACUCCUCCUUCGAUGCUGCGCUACAAGCCAAAACGCUAAGUUGGGCUAUACCUUUUGCCUUCAGCAUUCAUGCUCUCAAUCAAAGGAAUAAUUAUGAACGCAAGAAUGUCAGGGUUGGAUUCAGCGAUCAACUUCAUCCCAGCAGGGGGAGCGUUGCUGUUGAAGAAAGUGACGGGUCGACUGGCACGUCUGCGACACCGCGGACGGUUGUACACCGAAUAGAAAUGGCUAAGCGCGUUAUUCGACUUAUAGAUACCCCGGGCAUUGGUGAUACAAGAGGAGCGGAUCAAGACAGGAAGAACAUGAACGAUAUCAUGAGAGUUCUUGGCUCAUAUAAGAUUAUCCACGGCAUACUGAUUCUUUUAAAGCCUAAUGAGCAGAGGUUUGACGUCAUGUUCCGCUUUUGCAUUCAAGAACUAUUGACCCAUUUACAUCGUGAUGCAGCGAAGAAUAUCGCUUUCGGAUUCACGAAUUGUCGAAGCUCAAAUUAUGCCCCAGGUGACACCUUUGGUCCAUUGAAGGCACUACUUGAGCGCUAUAACAUCCGUCUGGGAAAGGGUGUUGUGUACUGUUUUGAUUCAGAGAGUUUCCGAUGUCUGGCUGCACAUAAGGAAUGUGGGGUAAGUUUGGGGGACUUGAACGAGAACCGGAAAAGCUGGAAUCAUUCGGUCAAGGAGACAACCCGUCUGCUAGAACACUUCUUGAACUUGACGCCACAUCCAGUUAGGGACACUGUGACUCUUUGUGAGGUACGCAGAGGAAUCGAAUGUGUGGUUGAACCAAUUGCUGUCAUCACUGAAAGAGUCAAGGAUGCAGCCCCCGACCUAAAGAGGGAGCUCGACGUGCUCCAAAAUGCCGCUGCCCAAAUGAACGUCUUCCUGAAACACAAUGCUCUCCUUACGUUCAACGAUGCAAAGCUGGAGUACCUGGACCUCCAGAUCACAGACGAGAGGUCCAAAGUCAGUCUCGGUGGUAGUCGAGACAAGCUGGACAGCUUCACAAUGUAUCUAGAACGCUGCUUACUUGUCAAACGUUUCAAAGAACAUAUGGAUGAUGAAAAGAAGCCACUUAAUAAUGACCAGAUAAAAGAGCUUAUACGGACUCUGCCUUCCCUGAACCAUUACGGGAAAUGUUUCGUAGAUGUGAGACAAGGAAUUGCCGAAACAAAAACGAUUGUAAACCUGGAACAAACAUAUGUCAGGGAUGCUGCUUCACAUCUUAGCCCUUGGAAUCCUAAUGCUCGGGAUGACAGGGAUACUGGCCUCCCCCAGUAUUGGGUAGAUUAG